GCUUCUUUUGGCUUUUCGCGGCUCGUGGCCAAACAUGACAUGGUCAGCUUUUCUGAAGCUUGAAAUCCCCAUGACUUAAAUCCCAUGCUGCGGAUGUACAGAAAUCGGAUCCGAUCUGGUGCACUCCUGGCGCUGUGUGCGACUGUCUGUGGCACCGUUUUUCUGAAUUUUGGAGGGCGCCCGCCGUCAAGUGAGUCAAGUCCGUCCCGUGGCGUGCCGCAGUUGGGUCCUCACUUGCAAGAUGUGCCUGGAACAAGAGCUUCAACAGAGCAGGUUUCAUGGAAGCCCCUCGCCAUGUUUGCCCUUGCCGCACUGCUGGUCACGGCCAAUCUGGGCGCGCCCGUGGCGGCAGUCGCGCCGGUAGAGUCGAAGAGCACCGAGGGAGAGAUCGCUCAAAAACUGCCUGACUGGAAGUCUCUUCUAAAACCCGAGUGGAGGGCAGCCCUGAGAGCCGAUGAGAAAGCUGCUUGGAGGCGUGUGCCCAAAUCGGUCUUGAAACGCUUGCGUGGGGUUGCAGCUGAUUUGGCUGAUUUGCAGCAAGAUGUCUAUGACGAAGACUGGCAAAAUCUGGCCAUUUAUUCCAACCUUUUUCAAGCCUACUUGCCUGUCUUCACUCGCUACACGGACUCGGCCUUCCCCUCCACCAGUGCGGUGGACGAGUCGUUGCGCUUCUCGCUGCGUUACGAGGUGGGCGCGUUUUAUCGACACCUGCGGGAGCUGGAGAAGGCGGUUGAGGAGAAGAACUUGCCAGGUGCAGAAGAGGCUUCGGCGCUCAUGAGUUUGUCCUACGACCGAUAUCUCAAGGCCGGGGAUCUCUACGAAGGCUACGACGAAGACGGAGGAACGACUCCUAAAGAGAUCGUGAGUCUGGAUCAGAUCGAGUUUGAACCUCCGGCCUUGGAACCGCCCUUGGUCCGCGACGAAGUCGUGAUUUUGGUGGGCCCCGACAAGGGCAAGACGGGGCGGGUGCUCUGGGUGGCACGGGUGGAUGGCAAGGCCAAGUUUGCUAUCGUGCGGCUGAGCUACAACAAGGAACUGCAGGAUUCAGAGGUGAAGACCUUCACCUACUCCUGGAUCGCCCGGACCAGCAGCAGUGGGGAUCAACUGUCGAAGGACGCGCUCUGCGGUUUCGUGGCGGCGGUGGUGGCGUGUAGCGUGGUCUAUCCCAUCGAUUCCACUAAGGUGAGACUCCAAACUGGGCGUUCAGCCAUGCCAUCUGACAAGGAAGGGGGCUUCCUGGCCCUCUAUGAUGGCUUGUUGCUGAACCUGGGGCGAGAAGCGCCCAAUGCCGCAAUGCUACUGGCAAUUUUCAACUUCUUGAAGCGAGCAAUUUUCAACUGGGUUCUACUGCUUCUGAAUGGCAGCUUGGCCAAUGUGACCUUUCUGCGCUUCGCUGCGAUGGUGCCCGCGGGUGCCAUUGCCGAUGCCGUCGGCUCGACGGUCAGGGUUCCCUUUGAACUCAUGAACAAACAGGUUCAGGCGGGCAAAGCCAAGAACUUUUCUGAAGCUUUCGAUGUGGUUUUCUCCCGCCCGGGGGCCUCCAAGUUUUACUUUGCGUCCUGGACUGCCAUUCUGGUUCGAGAUGUACCGUAUGGCACGUUCCAACUGGUCUUCUUUGAAUUCUUCAAGGAGUUCACGCCCUUGUACUUGGAGCCACUGGGUUUCAACCUCUUCGCUCAGCGCCUGGUUUGGGGUUUCCUGGCGGGUUUCUUCGCGGGUGCCCUGACGGUGCCGGUGGACAACAUCUCCACCACGGUCAUGACGGAGGUCUCCAACGCCAAGGAGGAUGACAGUAGCGUCUUGGACCUCGUCAAAGGUGCAGCCUCCAGAAUUUGGGCCACCAAAGGCCUGGAAGGCUUCUUCGUGGGUGGCGCGGAACGUGCCAUUUACUACGCACCCGUGGCGUGUUUAUUCUUUACGUUGUAUGACACACUUGUCAACCUGAUUUGAGAUAUUUGAGGACAUUCUGAUACACGAAAUCUGAGGAUAUUUCCAGAAUCUAGAUCUCAUAGAUGGCGCAAUCUGUGAGGGAACUCAUCAAGAUGUCUCUUGUCUGAGCCAAGCUCAGUACGCGAAUCCCUGGCUUCAGAGAUAGGCUUCAGGCCGACGCCUUGAAUGGCGCAAGUCUUCUGCGGUGCCUGUGAAGUUUGUCAUUUUGAAGCCCUAAUCUUUUCUUGCCGAUUGUAUAGCUUUUGUAGUUCGGCAUUUAGGUGACUCAGCGAAAUCUCUCGAAAAGGGGCUGAGCCACACUUAAAGAUUGACGUGAAAGAAUUGAAAGAGUGUGAAG